GUGCUAACAGUUUGGCAGAUGGGACACUUUUUCUUGGAGUUUGUCUUUGUUUUUUAACUUCUGGCAGUGCCUGAAUUGUUGCUGUUCUCCCUCUCUCCCUUUCUUCUCUUUGUUAAACCAUGGCCCAUCGGCUGCGGUUUCAUUUUGGCUCUGGACGAAGCAACACGGCCCCUGAAUCUGAGAUCCUAGACCGAGAGAGAGAAGAUGACUUUUUCAUGGCAUUCCACACUUUGCCAAGAAGAAACAGUCCUCAUCCUUUCUCCCGACAUGGAGCGGAUUAUGGUGGCGGUGAUUUGCAAGAAGUGGGCUCCUUAAAAAGAAGCACAUCGAUGUUUAUUCCUCAGCUGCUGAACAAUAUUGAUGUGCGUCCAACAAGGAGCUCAUCUAUGCAGAUCUCUCUUCAGCGCAAAGCUGUGAACGGCUGUGCUGAUGAGUGUGGAGCCCCAGAGUCUCCUGAGGAGACUCUUCCAUGUAAAUUCUCAGACUUCGGGGAGCAUUACACGUGCCCAGUUGACAGCCAUUCUUUUUCUUCAAGCAGUCCACAAGUAACCCCAGAGAAUUCUCCGCCCAGGAUGCCUGAAGAGACUGGGCAACGGCUUAAUGGAGCUGUUUCCUGUAAUCACAGAAUAUUUUGUACAAUUCCUUCCAAUAACCAGAAUGAUGAUGUUGCAACGACUGCCGAAGAAGAUGAAGCAAGUGAAGUGGCUUCAGGGUUAAACAUAAGUGGUGUAAGAAUUCAGCAUCGCGCUUCAAGCGCAGAUAUGCGUCAGGUUAUGCUAUCGCCCUUUGGUUCCGAGGUUCAGGAUAACGCCCCUGCCUCUGAACCCAGACGCUGGUCUUUGCAGCAUCUGCCAGACAUGUCAGCAAAUUCAGGAAAAAAGUUGUUUGUUUUCCAGUUGCAGCAAUCACAGGCAAGUGGUCCAGGUACAGAAAGCGACUAUAAUUUUGGUUUUACUGGCACAAAAGGGAAUAGAUUGGUCAGGUAUCCUCGCAUACGGCUGGAGAGGAGUACUUCCUACCCUGUCCAGCCGCGACCAGAACGAAUUAGCCUUGUAGAAGACGGAGGGAAUUCAGAACUGCAUGGAAAUAGCAGAAAUGGGUCAGAAAUAUCUAGAAGCAAUUCGGUAGAGAGGAUUCCUCAAGGGCAGGGAUGCUUGUUUAAAAUCAGACCAGAUCAAAACACAAGGCAGCAACACUUCAGAAUUCUUGUAACCCGUGGUACUGAAGAACAAAAUCAAGUUCCUGAUGAAGACAGCCCUGAUACCUCUGGGCCUACAGUGACCAGUGCCACAACUAGAGACGACUUCCUGGGUCAAGUGGACGUGCCACUUAAUCAUCUACCGACAGAAGACCCAACCAUGGAACGGCCAUACACAUUUAAGGAUUUCCUUCUCAGACCAAGAAGCCACAAAUCUCGGGUAAAGGGUUUCUUGAGACUGAAAAUGGCCUAUAUGCCAAAAAACGGAGGACAAGAGGAAGAAACUACUGAACAAAGGGAGGAAUCUGAGCGUGCAUGGGAGGUGGUUGACUCCAAUGAAUCUGUAUCUCAUCAUCAAGAGGAGUUACCACCUCCUCCACUGCCUCCUGGAUGGGAAGAAAAAGUGGACAAUUUGGGACGUACUUACUAUGUCAACCAUAACAACAGGACAACUCAGUGGCACCGACCAAGUUUAAUUGAUGUUGCAUCUGAUUCUGACAACAACAUCAGACAGAUAAACCAAGAGGCAGCCCAUAGACGGUUUCGUUCUCGGAGACACAUUAGUGAGGAUUUGGAGCCUGAGCCUUCGGAGAGUGGAGAUGCAUCUGAACCCUGGGAAACCAUUUCAGAGGAAGCGAGUCUAAGUGGAGAUUCCUUAAGCCUGUCAUUGCCACCACCCCCGGCUUCUCCAGUCUCGCGGACCAGUCCUCAGGAGCUGUCUGAUGAAUUGAACAGAAGACUUCAGGUCACUCCUGAUUCCAAUGGGGAACAAUUUGGUUCUUUGAUUCAGAGAGAUCCUUCUUCAAGAUUGAGAUCUUGCAGUGUAACAGAUGCAGUUGCUGAACAGUCUCACUUAUCACUGCAGAGUGGUCCAUCUAGGAGAGCUCGUUCUUCAACUGUCACAGGUGGUGAAGAACCAACGCCAUCAGUGGCCUACGUACAUACUACACCAGGCUUACCUUCAGGCUGGGAAGAAAGAAAAGAUGCUAAGGGACGUACAUAUUAUGUCAAUCAUAACAAUCGAACCACAACUUGGACUCGGCCCAUUAUGCAGCUUGCAGAAGAUGGUGCAGUUGGAUCAGCAGCAAACAGUAACAACCAUCUAAGUGAGCCUCAGAUAAGGCGGCCUCGUAGCCUCAGCUCACCCACAGUAACUUUAUCUGCUCCACUUGAGUUUGCCAAGGACUCUCCUGUGCGCAGAGCUGUCAAGGACACCCUUUCCAAUCCACAGUCUCCACAGCCGUCACCCUAUAAUUCUCCUAAGCCCCAACACAAAGUGACACAGAGCUUCUUGCCACCUGGUUGGGAGAUGAGAAUAGCUCCAAAUGGCAGGCCCUUCUUCAUUGAUCAUAAUACUAAGACUACCACAUGGGAAGAUCCACGGCUGAAAUUUCCAGUGCAUUUGAGAUCAAAAGCUUCUUUGAACCCUAAUGAUUUGGGCCCUCUUCCUCCUGGUUGGGAGGAAAGAAUCCAUUUGGAUGGAAGAACAUUUUAUAUAGAUCAUAGAAGCCAGGUGUUGAUAUGUGGAGACAUUGAUACCAGAGACUUAGUGCCCUCAUACGAUAGUAAAAUUACUCAGUGGGAAGACCCCAGAUUGCAGAACCCUGCUAUUACUGGUCCUGCUGUUCCCUAUUCCAGAGAGUUCAAACAGAAAUACGAUUACUUCAGGAAGAAGUUAAAGAAACCAGCUGAUAUACCAAACAGAUUUGAGAUGAAACUACACAGAAACAAUAUUUUUGAGGAAUCCUAUAGAAGAAUCAUGUCUGUGAAGAGGUCUGAUGUACUAAAAGCCAGACUCUGGAUUGAAUUUGAGUCAGAAAAAGGACUUGACUAUGGAGGCGUGGCUAGAGAAUGGUUCUUCCUGUUGUCUAAGGAGAUGUUUAAUCCUUAUUAUGGUCUCUUUGAAUAUUCAGCAACGGACAACUAUACCCUUCAGAUUAAUCCCAAUUCAGGUCUUUGUAAUGAAGAUCAUCUGUCCUAUUUCACGUUUAUUGGACGAGUUGCUGGCCUGGCAGUGUUUCAUGGGAAGCUAUUAGAUGGCUUUUUCAUCAGGCCUUUUUAUAAGAUGAUGCUAGGGAAACAAAUAACGCUGAAAGACAUGGAGUCAGUGGAUAGUGAAUAUUAUAACUCUUUGAAAUGGAUCCUGGAAAAUGACCCUACGGAGCUGGAUCUCAUGUUUUGCAUAGAUGAGGAAAACUUUGGACAGACAUAUCAAGUCGAUUUGAAGCCAAAUGGGUCAGAAAUCAUGGUAACAAAUGAAAACAAAAGGGAAUAUAUUGACUUAGUCAUCCAGUGGAGGUUUGUAAACAGAGUUCAGAAACAAAUGAACGCUUUCUUGGAGGGAUUCACAGAACUCCUUCCUAUAGACUUGAUUAAAAUUUUUGAUGAAAAUGAGUUGGAGUUAUUAAUGUGUGGCCUUGGCGAUGUUGAUGUUAACGACUGGAGACAACAUACAAUCUACAAGAAUGGUUACUGCCCAAAUCAUCCUGUCAUCCAGUGGUACUGGAAGGCUGUCUUACUGAUGGACGCUGAAAAGCGUAUCCGGUUGUUGCAGUUUGUUACUGGGACAUCACGAGUGCCUAUGAAUGGAUUUGCUGAACUUUAUGGUUCAAAUGGUCCUCAGCUGUUUACAAUAGAGCAAUGGGGAAGUCCUGAAAAAUUGCCCAGAGCUCACACAUGCUUUAAUCGCCUUGACUUACCUCCUUAUGAAUCUUUUGAAGAUUUACGAGAGAAGCUUCUUAUGGCAGUUGAAAAUGCUCAAGGAUUUGAAGGAGUGGAUUAAAACAGCUACUUUUUUUUCCAUCGAGCAAGUUCUGCUUGAACUGUUGAAUUUGCCUAAUGGACAUUAACAAGUGACAAUGGCAGAACAGUUGCACAAUGUUGGUUCAUGGAGCAAACUCUUCUACAGUGCAGUUGCCUAAAUUCAGAAAUUUGAACUACAACCUGUGGAUAACAUUUCUGAUAUUUCCACAGUAAAUCACCAACUGGUUGACAUGUACUCUAAUUACAUUUCAGCAAGACUUGUUCUAUUUAUGUUGUGCCUCUGUAGGCAAAGCCCUUAAUAAAUAUUUUACAUACUUUCUAAUGACAAUGAAUGGAAUUAAUCACUUUACAGGUAUAGUAUUACAACUCAUGUUUACUUUUUAAAUGAUUUAGACAUUUUCAGAUUUUAUUUCAUCACAAUUAAAAAUGUCAUCUACUUGGAAAAAUGAGCAUUUUUUCUUAUCUUAAUUUCAUACCAGACUUGAUGCCAGUGGCAUUUUUACUUUCAAAAUGCAUUUUGAGCCUUGUCCCCCCCAACCUAUUAGAAAAGCUGGAGUAACUGAUGUGAGAAAUUUUCUGCAGAUGGAAUAUAUUAAUGGCAAAUCUAAAAGCUUUUCAUUGAGCACAUUAACAUUUUCUGUACCCAGAAGAAAAAGUACAGAUUGGAUGUUACAUUUUUGUAUAAAUCAAUAGAAUAGUUACAAGCUGAGAGAGGAUCGUAACAUAGCAUGCCAAAUCUCACGGUCAAUAAAGAAAUCACCUCAUUAUUCCUUGGUAAUAUUUGUGUACUAUAAAACAUUUUGGGAUAGGGUUGGCAUUAUCGUUAUAGGAAAAAAUGCUUAACCCUGUUAUUAACUUUGUACAGUGAUUCUUUUACUAUCCUUUCCUCUUUACUAUUUGCAAUGGAGGCAACCUGGCACUGCUUGAUUUGGAACUGUGGAAACCAGAUCUGUUUUGUCUCCUAUUUGUAUGCAUUUGCUAAUGAUACCUAAAGAACAAGGUUUGGUUUUUUUGUUUGUUUCCAACUGCACCAACUCUAAAGGCACUUUAUGUAACACAUGGAGGUCAUAUCUGUUUUUUAUCAUAAACAUUAAUGUGAUUAUAUUCCUUCUCACUGCACAUGUCUUUCGGGUGCAAUAUCUAUCAAUUGUGAAUUUGGCUGCUGCUGCUGCUGUAUAAAAACCAGAUGUAGUGCUGGGCCUGCAGACAUGUUCUCACCAAUUGUUUUUGUGAUUUUUUUAUUCAAUCACAAAGAUUUAUUUAAUAUAUACAGUUAUCUAAUCAAUUUUGUUACCUAUGACAUGUUGCAUGCUUAAACUAUAAUGCCUGAGUUGUAUCUGUUGUGUGAUAGAUUAAAGGCAAAAGAGAAGACUUGCAUUUGAUCCAUUGAAGUUAAAUGGUUAACAUAGUAGUAGGGUAGGUUUGAGGGUAUGCAGUCAGCAAUUUGAUUAUGUUCAGCUUUGUGAGUUUUUGUCCAUCUACGAAACACACUUUGCUGUUUUUUCUAAGAACCCGACUAAUACUUAUUCACAAGCAAGAUGACAGAGUGCAAGAAUAUCUGAAACAAUUUCACCCCUUAUUGCCAAGAACUGAGGUUUUUUUUUAAUUUUAUUUUAAUUUUUUUUUUUUUUGGCACAUGCAAUCCGCUACCAGCAAUGCGUUCGGCAGCAGUUGCAGGCAGGGAGUGUAAUAAGUAUUAACUCUAGCCAUGAGAGCUAAUUUAGCAAAACUCAUCAAAGCUAAUAACAUUCAGCAAAUGCUAAUUUGUCAAACUUUGCCUGGCUUGGGAUGCAGCCUCAGUUUGCUCACAAAAGUUUGAAGAGUCAAUAGGUGCAUGAAGAAGUUUUGAACCUUCUCAUUUGAAUGUAGAUUAAGGUUAAUUCCCUUUCUAUAUUAAUUUUAUUUUCAGACAUUCCUUUUUUUCCAUCUGGUGAGCUGAAAAUCUAGACAUGAGAAUGAAGUGGGCUAGAUCUGAAUAGAUGUAAAACACUAUAUUGAUAGCCUCUUACGCUUUUAGAGAGUGGGAUCUGAUCUUUCUAACGUGUAUCUACAUGCCAAACUUCUGUAGCUAGAACAUGGAAUUGCCUUUAAAAAUCUGUCAUACUCCACGUCAGUUUUGUUUUUAAAAAAACAAUGUCUUAACUGGAAGAGUUUUUGUAUGUUUGGAGGCAACAUUUUGCUUCAGUGCCAUGUAACAGAACCUUAUUCCAAGGACUGCUAUGAAGUUUGCGCUAUAGACUUGAAAUAUAAACUAACGCUUGUGUAAUAAGGGAAAGUGUAGUCUAGCAGUUAGGCUGGGGGAAUUGGGAGUCAGGACUUGGGUUAAAUUCCCAACUCUGCCAUCACUCUCAUUGUGACUCCUUGGUUGAGUCAUUUAAAUUCUGUGCCUGUUUCCCCAUCUGCAAAAUGGGCUUCAGAUCUGUGUGUAAAGAUGAAAGGCUCUGUAUAACUUCACAAGAUGAAACAAUAGAGCAUAACUUUUUAAGACCAGGCUUUUAGAAAAUUAGGCUAACGUCUUUUCAGAUCCACUUACACAUAAACUAAGAAUAGAAACUCCAAAAGACUUCAGUAUACAUUACUGUAUUGAGGUAAAUUCCUGCCAAGGAGAAAAUUUUGUAUUUUUAAUCACUGAAAGUACUCAGUGUUGGAAAAUAAGUACAAGAAAUGUUUCUCAAAAAAUAUCCCCCAGCCCCUUAGCGUCCAGAAAACUUAAACCUUACUGUAGAAGUGAGUCUGUCCCUUUUCGUCAGGGUCUCUAAGAGAUCCAAAGUUGGUAUUCCAAAUCCCGGCUAUUGCCAAGGUAAAUUUAUAAUGUGAAAAGUUAAUUGUUCGGCUAACCCCUUUAUUGCACAAAGUCUUACGUGUUGCAUAUUAGAAGUUCUUUUUCGUUCGCUCACAGGCAGUUCCUGAGCAGCACAAUCCUUGAAUUUUAGCCACCAGUGAAGUUGUUUUGAUGUAGCUGCACUGGUGCAAGCCUCUAGUGUAAAUGCACUGCACCAGUGCAAAGCAGAUGUUGCACUAAGGUAGCUUACCUUAGUGGCUAAAAACCCUACUGUAGAAAUACCCCUUGUGUCAGCCAAAAGGCUUUACCACCUGUGGAAUCUGUUCUUUAAACCCAGAGAAUUGUCUUCAGUUUUGCGAAUGACUUGUGUGAGGUCCAGGUACAUAGUGUGUGCUUCAGCAAAACAGCACCUAUAAAGGAGUUUGAUUCUAUUCUACAGAUUACUUUGUAACUAAGAACUGUAUAUGUUGAAGCUGUUUUUGCAUUGACUAUUAGGAUAUAAAGUAGAUUUCUUGGAGUUUCUGUUCUAAUGCACUGAACCUCUUAGAAGUUCUUCUGGAAUUCCUGACACUGUAUUUGAAGGACUCUUUCUCGGGAAAGGUGGCUAAAUGUCUCUUAUUUAUUAAACCUUAAUUAAUGAGGAAAUUGCUCCAUUUGGACUUGUGCUCUAACUUGGUGCCUUUCUUUAAUAUUCAAAUACUGUAUUCACAUUCAUUCACCUUGACUAUGUAUGGAUAGUUCACCCCCUUAAUCAUAAAACAGAUACUUUUGUAGAAUUUGUAUUUUUAAAAAGAUUCUAAAUGGCCAAAUUAUUGUAAUUUCUUGCUCACAUCAAGUCUUUUAUAUCUCUGGCUCUCUUGUAAGGCAGGUCAGUUACGUAUCGUAAUUCCCGCGUUUAUUCCUAGUUGAUGGAAACUCAUUAUGACUGGACCUAAUUUCUUCCUGAAAAUUUAUCUUCCUUUUGUCUUGCCACUGAAGUUAACCAAAAAAAAAAGAAAAGCGAAUUUGUUAUUUCACUCAAUUUUAUUUUUAUCCUAGAGAAGACAUCCCUAUCUCUGAAUUUCUCAUGCAGGGAGGGCAAGCUGCGUGCUCUCUUGUAAUAUUUUCUGACAAACCAGCAGAGGAUGCUGCUCUACAGACUAACCAGUAUCUCAUUUCCUCCCUCCCCCCCAAAAAUCUCCACUAUCCCAAAAGACAUCCACUACCUCUGUUAUGUGAUUAGCCUUUACUGACUGGGGAUCGAGACUGCAGAGUUCGGUAUCAUACUUGCAAAUCUCACUUCUGAGAUAUUGAAUCUGUUCAUAUACUUUUGAGUGAAACCCUGGCCUUGAUGAGGUCAAUAGCAAAACUCCUACUGACUUCAGUGGGGCCUGGAUUUUACCCUUUGUGUUCUGGAAUUUAUAACGGGGAGGAAUAAGUGACACGUUUGGACCACUUUUUCAAAUAUAUAUAAAUAAGUACAGUAUACCCAACUAUAUACAAAAUUGAAUUUUUAAUAGGUAAGAUGAAAAAGAAAAAGCCCUUAUAAUUACCAGAGUGGACAUUUUACAAGCAUGAGGGUGGUUUUUAAUAGCAAAAGUCUUUUCUUUUGCUUGUAUGGAAUUUUGGAAAAAAACUCUCUUCCGACAUCUGUUAGACGUUGCACUAAAAAGCGAUACAUGUUUGAAAUGCAUGGGAAAAUUGUUUUGCUAAAACCUGGAAUCUAACCCAUAUUAAUGUUACAUAUCCCUCAGGUCUGUCAUACUGCACACAUAACAUUACAUUCAUAUCACAUGACCACCCCCACAAACCAUAUUUAAUCACAUGCCUCUAUAUUUCUAAGCCAUCUGGAUUUUCUUACGUUGCUCUUUCAUUUAGAAUGUCAUGUUUUCCUCUUUCAGUUAACGUCCAUGUAGCUUUUGUUCUUUUUUACCACUAUAUAUACAUAUAUAAACACAGUGUGUACCCACAUACAGUAGUACAUAUAUGUAAUGCAUUUUUAUAUGUCUUUAAUCAAUUCUGUGUUCAGGAUUGGCUUCUAAAGAGGAUUGUGAGCAGUUUGUCUCCAAUGCAGCUUUAGCAAAGCCAUGCCACAGUGAAUACGUUAUGAUUCUCGGAACCCAAAUAAAACCACUAGAAGGUGAUUUUGCUAUGCUCUGUGUUUGUGAACUUAUGACCUUUAUUCAAAUUUAAACCUGAAAUGACUACUUCCAAAGGUGAAAAAUAGUUUCAAACAUUCCAGAUGAAAUUCACGAUCUUUCGUAACUUUUUAUUGUAAAACGCCUCAGAAUAUGAGGCUAUUUAAAAUUAUACUAAAACUACAUUAAAAUUGAUUUAAAAAAAAACAAACUGAAAACUACUAUUUAUAAAUAAUGCUCAUUUUCACAAUCAAAAUAGCUUUAAAGUACGGUUGGAUUUGAUACACAGUGGAAAAUGUUUUUUGUUUUUGUUUAAGGACAAAAUCAUUUUUUCCAUUUAUUUUCUUAAGAGAAGUGAAGGAAAUUGUAGUUUGUUUUCCUGACAGCAAAAGAUCAAUGUGACAAAAUGAAGUUGUUGUAAUGAAAUGAUGCAACUUGUUAAAUAUUUAAUAAAGAAUUAUGGA